GCCCUGUCGCGCGUCGAGGAGAUGACUGCAGCAAUUAAUUACUCAGAUCUUGCACGCACUCAGGAAAGUGAUCCAGAACUGCAAAAUCUACUACUUCAUGGCUCCACCCUGCAACUUAAGAAGAUACUGCCUCACAGUCAUUGAUAGAUAUACUCGAUGGCCUGAGGCGUAUCCCCUCAAAGAUAUCACAGCGGAGACCUGCGCUGCUGCCCUGGUGUCUGGCUGGAUCGCCAGAUUCGGCUGUCCGGUGCGGGUGACUACAGACCGUGGACGCCAGUUCGAGAGCAACCUGUUCAGCGCCCUCACCAAACUGAUUGGUGCAACGCACUUCCGUACUACUGCCUACCACCCAGCUGCAAAUGGCAUCGUCGAGCGUCUGCACCGGCAGAUGAAGGCCGCCAUUAUGUGCCACACAACUACUUCGUGGACAGAAGCCCUUCCCUUAGUCCUCAUGGGCAUGCGGAGCUCAUGGAAAGAAGACAUAGAUUCUACGCCUGCUGAACUUGUAUAUGGCGAGACUAUUCGGUUACCAGGACAGUUCCUGUCGUCCAAUGACGACUUCACGACUUCAGACAUCACCCAGUAUGCAACACGCCUGCGCUCGUACAUGUCUCAAAUUACGCCAAAGCCAACUUCAUGGCACACAACAUCACCAUUUUAUGUGCCACGAGACCUUUCCACCUGCUCACAUGUGUUCCUGCGCCAAGACCACGUACGUCGUCCUCUAGAACCACCUUACGACGGUCCAUUCAAAGUUAUUGCAAGGCACCCCAAGUACUUCACCAUAAACGUACGAGGGAAGCCGAACAAAGUGUCUAUAGACAGGUUGAAACCAGCAUACAUAAUGAAAGAAAGUUCACAAGAGAAUUCAUGCAAACCAGAAGAGAGGACACGAGAGACACUAAAAGAGAAGACAGACGAGAAGACAACUCGCAGCGGCCGAAGAGUGAAGUUUCCCGAUUUUUAUCGACCGUAG